AUGGGCUGUGGUGGAAGCAAGAAGAAAACGAAAAUCAACAUUGAGAUGGAGGUCUGCAAUCUUGUAGAUAUCGAUAACAUGUUCAGUGCGGCAGCUGAGCCUCUCGCAACUCUUGACAAGGUUAGUCAUAAACUUAACAAACAUAUCAGAAAGCUGAAAAAGGCAGCUGGCUGCCACAUCAUCAAAGACGCUACAUUCAAAGACGCGCUGGAUUUAGACUAUUAUUUAAAGAAAAAACCUCUUAUAAUUUAUUAUUUUGCAAAUAAAUAAAAAAUAAUCAUUAUUCAUGUAUUGAUUUUUUCUUAAAAAUAACAGACCUGGCUGGAUUCAAUGCUCUAUUGCUACUCAGCGUCAACUGAUGGCGACUUCAGCAAAAUCAAUCUGGAAAUUGUACCAGAAAAGCCAUAUGUGAACAUAGAAAGGCACGGUCUCAAGCCUGAACAUCAUCAUAUUGCAGACGCUUGGAACGACAUGCUAGAAGCAAUAGAAGAAUCCGUAGCAAAAGCAGCCGAGCUCCCAGGACAAUUAAAAGAAUUCUUUGAAAAAAUCCCCGAUUUCCCUAGCCAAGCAAAAAGUGCAUUAGAAAACGCAAAUAUGAUAGACAAAGCUAGAGGAAUAAAGUGCUGUGCUACAAAUGUAUCUAGGCUGACUGCAGCUAGCAAAAUCCUUACUGAGUUCACGAAAACUAUUGCUGAGGUUACUCAAGCACUAGCUAGUUUUGCAAGUAAAUGCACAAGCGAAGAACGAGCAAAGAUAGAAAAAAUUGGCAAGGACGCUCAUAAAGACCAUGUUUAUGUGCCAAAAGAUAUUAUAAGGAAGUUUUGGCCAGACCCUACUAAAAUCGAUCUCACUUUGGAUAAGCCUCCAAAACCAAAGAAAAAGUAA